AUGCCGACCACAAAAUCCCCUGCCACAAACCCAAACAUCACACCCGAUCCAUCUCAGAAUGGUUCCACAGUCCGCAAAGCCUUCCUCUUAGAAGCCUUCGCAAACCUCUUCACCAUACCACUAAUAACAAACACAAGCCGGACGCUAUCCCUCCUCCUGAACAACCCUUCUCGCGAUAUCAACCCCACUUCGAUCCUUUUCGCCCGUCUUUUCGGCGGUUUGGUCGUAGGCGGUCUGACGUCCGCCUUGCUCGCGGGCGCGACCAAUACGCGCAAUGGUAUCGAGAGCCGACGACCUACAUAUAUGCUCCUGGGGCUUGGAGAAGCGGCGUUGAUCCCCAUGAUAGUAUUGGACUUAAUAGAAGGAGGAGGGCCAAAUGCAGCGCUAAGCAAGGGGGUUGCUGCGGCUAGUGUGGCGUGUUUGGUACCGCCGCUUUUCUGGAGGUUGUAUGUGCUUUUCGUUCGGCCAGAUUUGCUAGGAAAGUAUACAGAAGAGGAAAAGACUAAUGGUGGUGCAAGGAGCAGCGGUGGAUAUGGUGCUAUUAAUACGCGCGAAGACUAA